GACAGAGCCUACUGAUGAUAUUUUCAUAAAAGAAUUCAGAACUCGGUAGAAGAUAAUUAUGGCCUCCAAACCUCUAUCAAAAGGACAACAGAAUUUUACUCAACUAGCUAUAGCAUGUGUCGAAGUGAUAACUCAGGUGUUUAACGAUUGCCUUGACAGUCAAAUAUCACCAAAAGAUCUCUAUAAUGCCAUAAAAUCAUGUUCAAAACUGACAAAUGGUAAGGACAAACUAAACCAAUACCAGCUUAAAAUAUGUUGCAUAUCUCCGCCUCAAGUUCCUGACUAUGGUAAAUUCGAUGUUUCGCUGUUCUAUAAACUGAUGAGAAAUUUGUGCCUAACAUUUAAACCAACAACAGGUUGGGGAAAUACACCGAAUACAAGUGAUUUGCAAAUAGGAGAUGACAUCGAACGACUCAGAAUAUUUAGGAACGAUAUGUUUGCACAUUUAGAAUCAUCAGAGGUCCCAGAUUUCAUAUUCUUACAAUGCUGGAAAGAGCUAAAGGGAUGCGUUUGCAGAGCACAGAGUUUUUUGGACUCGCUUGGAUAUGGCGCUAACUAUGAUGAGCAACUCAAAAAUAUUGAAAAUCUUGAUUUGAGUUGCAAAGAUAUGGACAAAUACAGACUCUUUUUGGAGGAAACGAUGUUUAUGUGGAGAUUGUCACAAAAUAUAGAUGUUCCAGUGAUAAAAAUGACGGGAUAUUGCGAUGUUUUUUGUGGUGAAGAAACAUGCUUUGAAGCCAAGACAGAUAAUUGCCCUAAAAGCAAUAACUGGCCGAUUGUGUGGGAGAGAGUAAGGGGAAGUGUAACAGAGACCAUAGACAAGAGUGCAAAAAAAUAUGAGGGCAGUACCACUAGACGACUUGUUAUACGGAGAGUUGUAAAAGAAGAUGAAGGAGAAUAUCGUGCAGUGAUAUCACGAGAACUUCAUGGAAGUCAUAUAAAUGUACCAAGUAACACACUUUUCCUAAAUGCUCUAGGAGAUCAUCCUAGUCUAGAGAUAACCCAGGCCACCUCGGGAAUUGAUGGUGUCACUAUUCUUUAUGAUAUUGAAGAGACACGUCCUGUGAUUGAAAAAAUUAAGUGGACCAAAGAUGGAGAACCAUUGUCGAUGGAUGCAAUCAAGUACCAGGGCGGUGGUGUUUCGGACAGGUAUCUGAAAAUUCUGUCUCCGUCAGAGAACGACGGCGGUGAAUACAUAUGUAGAGUUUUCAAUGCAGUGGGGUCAGAUAUGAAGCGAAUAGUUCUAGCUGUCCCAUCUGUAGUGAUUUGCAAAGAACUGACAGUUCCACUGGGUGGUCAAGCUACUAUUAUUCCUGACAUAACGUCAUGUCCUUCACCGAAGAAAGCACUUUGGCUAAAAAGCGAAUCUCAAGCUCCUGAGAAUUUCCUGACCGUAGACAUCGAUGAUGCUAGAUAUUUCGGAAGCAGUAUGGAUCCAGAGAAACCUAUUCUAGUCAUUUCAAAUGUAUCCUAUAUUGACAAUUUGCAUUACCGACUAGAAAUCACAAAUGGAUUUGGGAAGUCUACAAGCAAUGCAGUUUUGCUGAAAUUAGUUGGUGAUAUUCCUUCUGUGUCCGCAAACCUUGAAACUAAUAUUGAAGAUCGUAGGGUCACAUUUAAUUGCAAAAUCUCUCUUUCGGAUAAUUACCCAGAGGUCACAGAGAUCAUUUGGAUAAAAGACAAACAGUACAUCGACGCUUCAUCAAGUGGAGGGAAAUACACUGGAGGUAGUAAGACUGAUCCUCCACUAGUACUUCACGGAGUAAACUCGAACGACAUUGGGCAAUAUCAAUGCCGUGUUUCUAAUGCAGCCGGGUCAAUGUUUAGUGACAUAAUUUAUUUGGGCAAGCCUACGGUUCAGAUGGGUAGACCAGAAAGGGAUGAAAAAAAUGACAUCUUAGUGUGUAAAGCUACAAUUGCAUCUAUUCCGGAGGCUAUAAAAGCUGAAUGGAGAAUUCAGCAGUCCGAAGAAGACGAUUUUCAACCAAUUGAUAUUCACGAGUCUACUUACAGGGGUUCAACUGUUUCCUUACCACAUCCAGUUCUGAUUGUUCAUGGAUAUAGCAAUAAACGGGGUCAACGAUUUCAAAUUAGCGUGUCCAAUUUCGUCGGAGAAACUAGAGAGGUCAUUCUUGACAGGAAACGGAAAAAUGAAGGUCAUGAUCGGGAGAAACAUGAUAAAAGAAUGAAAUUUUAUCGAAAAGGGGGCUCAAAAAUCCCUUUCGCUAGUCUAAAGGACGAUCUUGACAGCUCAUUUCCAAACAAGAAACUAAAAAGGUUAAAACAACUACUGAUUGAUCAAGAAGAGAUAGAAGAAGACUCUGUAUUUGCCUGUAAUUCGUUGUGGGACAUUUUAAAUAUCCUGAUACAGAGAGACUUGUUCAGUAGAAAUGAUGUUAUAUUUGUACAGUAUUUGCUACGAACGAUAGGAUGCCUCGACCUCUAUGAAACGUGUUACAAGUACGCUAAAGAUUGUGAAGCGCUUUGUUUCUUUGAAAGUCAACCAGAAAAUGGCUGUAAGAAUGUCAAGUUUCACAUAGAUGGCAACAUCGAAGAGUACUCAAAGGAGGAUAUUCUUUUUAUACAAAUAACAGUUGCAAAAAUGUUGAAAUGUCCUACUGAUUACAUUGUCAUUAGUGGACUAGAACGUGACACAAGCUUUCUACUAAUUCUGUCAAUUAAAGAUGAAUAUACGACGUUAUUACUGGAACAUGGUCAACAAAUUUUAGAAGAUCUGUCUUUUUUGAAGGUGGAUUAUAUUGAAUAUGAUGAAAUUCUUAUCCAUAAGGAAAACAUUAGUCAGG